AUGACAGCUAGUAAACAAACUGGACCCAAGUUUCCGGCGGAGCUUUCAGAAGAAAGCGGCUCACUUGAAACAAGGCUUCAAAUUGAGAAGACCAUCAUUCGGACCAUCAUCACAACAGUCCUGAGUGAGCACAUUGGACGGAGAUGGCGGGAGCUCGGCCGCCGGCUGGGCCUGACGGAGGUUGACCUGGACGAUGUCCAGUACAGAUGUGACCGGGACCGGGCAGGGCUGAAGGAGAUGAGUGUGAGGAGUCUGCUGAUGUGGCUGGACAGGCAGCUGGACUGGCCAAACAUCUUUGACGUGUGGUGGGCGCUGCAGAACAUGCAGAUGCCGGAUGAGGCAGAUCUUGUUGAAAAGAAGCUUAUUGACGAGCGAAACCGGGCCGGAGUGACAGAUGAUAUCAAAGAGAACAGAGAGGAGGAAAGUGUCGGAGCUACAGCUGCAGCUGCACCAGUCUCUCAGUCCUUCAUCAAAGGCUUCGAGGAAGUUUCUAUCUCACCAGGUUCAGGGUCCCAUCGGUUGCUAAGCUCGACAUUCUCGUUUGACGCCUUCGUGUCGGCGAACCAGCGGGACUUCGCCUGGGUGAAUAGGCUAGUUCAUCAGCUAGAGUCCCCACCCCACAACCUGAAGAUCUGUUUCCACCACAGGGACUUCAAGACCGGUGUUCCCAUCACAGACAAUAUCACCUGGGCUGUAGCCAACAGUAGGAAGAUUCUAGUUGUCCUCUCCAAGAACUUUCUUGUCAGCAACUGGUGUAAAGUUGAGCUUAGGGCAGCCGUAGAGAAAGCGAUGCGAAAUGACGAACACUGUGUGCUCCCCAUAUUGAAGUCUGAGUGUGUGAUUCCUACCGAACUAACUCACCUGACAUACAUGGACUGUACGGAUGGUAUUGUUGAUGUAACAAAGCUGGCAAGUGACAUCAAAACAAUCAUGAAAAAGAGGUAGCUAACUCAGCUUAGGGAAAAUCAUAUUGUAGGUAGCACCAGAAAGUAGAAAGCUACAGGGUGCCAUCUAAAGCCAAAACGUCUCUUUAGCAAAUCAGCUUCUAAACGUAUUUUUCUUGACAUGCGAAUAUAGACUAUGUUGUAGACCUAUUUGUCACAUGUGAUACAACAGCUUUUAAACAAAUCCAGUGUGUUUAAACAAGAACGUACUUCAAUUCCAGCUAGAUCUCAAGAGCGAAUUGAUUAACGGUACCUUUGUAGUAGGUAUAUUCACGCUUAGACCUAAUAUAAGUUUGAUAAUGAUUUCGUCUUGAACAAUCUCUUAAUGUCGAACAGAGGGUUGAUAAUUAUGUAAGCAAAGGAUUUAGCAAAGGAAUUACAAAAUGUAUAUACAAACUUAAGUAAGGUGUAGACUAAAGCAGUUUUUUUUUUAAUUUAGCAACAAAAAAUAAAGAGAUUUUUGUUUGGUCUACUACAAAUUGCAACAUUCUACAAUUUUGCAACUAAACUAUAAAUGGUAACAUACGUGAAUAUUUGAGACAUGUAUCUUGAUACAAGCACGUCUAAUCAUGUGUUUCAAUAUCUUUUCUAAUAGCAAAGUAAUGUUUUAUGUAAUUUAGCAUAACAUUAUGAGAGCUAUCAAAUCUAAAGGUAUAUGAUUGAGUAUGUCACUGUAUGUGUCAAGUCAGUCCGGAGGUAAAAAUAUUAUGAAAUAUGUAUAGCAAAACUUGAAUGAAAGACAGAGAAUUCUGUUGGUAUAUACAUAGGAAUUCUAUUGUGAUAAUUGGGUUAAGUCACGUGCACAGAACUUAUCACAUACGGUCUUUGAAUUGUCAUCAUGACCACUACUA